AUGCUACGUGGCACCGGUCUCGGCACCUUUGAUGCGCACCGCGUGCCGCGACCUUACACAAAGGAGAAGUUCAUGGAGAUCUACUUUCACUGGCGCGACUCUACAAAGAAGCUUACCGCGGCGCAAGAAGAAGAACUGGCGCAACGCGAAGCAGAAGAGCUUUGCCAACGGAGUCUUGCGGAGUCACGCGGCACGUUCGCCUGGAGCGGAUGGGAGGAAGAGGAGAGCGCCUCCAAUGAAGGGGGUGGGGAAGCGCUAGCGGAUGGGGCACGAGCGACACUGGCGGAUGGGGAGCCGCAACCGGUGGCGACACUGGCGGAUGGGGAGCGGCAACUGGUGUCAACACUGGCGGAUGGGGCGCUGCAUCUGGCGGCGAGACAAGCGCGGCCCCGUAGCCGCUCCCCUCCCUACGCGGCCCCGUCGCCGCCCCUACGCGGCCCCGUUGCCGCCCCUAGCGGCCCCGUCACCGCCCCUAGCGGCCCCGUCGCCGCUCCCCUCCCUACGCGGCCCCGUAGCCGCCCCUACGCGGCCCCGUCGCCGCCCUUACGCGGCCCCGUCGCCGCCCCUAGCGGCCCCGUCGCCGCUCCUCUCCCUACGCGGCCCCGUCGCCGCCCCUACGCGGCCCCGUCGCCGCCCCUAGCGGCCCUGUCGCCGCCCCUACGCGGCCCCGUCGCCGCCCCUAGCGGCCCCGUCGCCGCCUCCCUCCCUACGCGGCCCCGUCGCCGCCCCUACGCGGCCUCCAGCCGAGCCGCCCCUGGAGCAGCCGCCACUGCAGCAGCCGCCCCUGGAGCAGCCGCCACUGCAGCAGCCGCCCCUGGAGCAGCCGCCACUGCAGCAGCCGCCCCCGGAGCAGCCGCCACUGCAGCAGCCGCCCCUGGAGCAGCCGCCUCUGGAGCAGUCGCCCCUACAACUGCCGCCCCUGGAGCAGCCACCCCUGCAGCUGCCGCGGAGCUCUCGCUCUAUAGUGGUAGCGGCCUCGCCGUUGCCGCCGUCGUACGCCUGCCCUUCUCGCCACUGAUGCAGCUCCAGCGUCGCCCGCGUGAGUCCCUCACCCCCCAACAGCUUCGUGCGUGGUACGCUAGUUGGGGUUGUCGGGGUGGCCGUAGUGGGAGUCGUCCUGGAGUGAGUAGUUCCACAGCUGCUUGUAGUGGCCAGGUACAGCUGCCGCGUCGCCCGCGUGAGUCCCUCACCCCCCAACAGCUUCGUGAGUGGUACGCUAGUUGGGGUUGUCGGGGUGGCCGUAGUGGGAGUCGUCCUGGAGUGAGUAGUUCGGCAGCUGCUUGUAGUGGCCAGGUGCAGCUUCAGCGUCGUCCGCGAGCAGUCCUUUCGCCCCAGCAGCUUCGUGAGUGGUACGCUCAGCGUGACGGGUCACGGGGUACUGCUCGCUGUCCGUACGUCAUUCGCACUGGUGCUCGGACUGGUCAGCCUUGCGGGACGUUGGGUCACGCAGAGUCCCGCUGCUUCGCCCGUCUGAGCGACGCCUGGCGUACGGAGUUUGGCGACGCAGCUGAGCUCCCCGACUGGGUGGAGCUGCUUCGGCUGCGGGUAGAUAUCUAUACUCUUGACUAUGAUGCUAUCCUCACUGCCAUGUAUGCAUUGCCUACUAGUGAUGAGGGUGACUGUUACCUGUGUGUUCCGCCUGACCCGGGCAUUGAGGCUGCUGCUCUAGGUGCUGGUGAGGCUGCUGCUCUAGGUGCUAGUGCGUCUGCUGCCCCAGGUGCUGGUGAGUCUGCUCUCUCAGGUACCACGUCGUCUCAGGCCUUACACACCUUCACUCUUGACUCGGGUGCUUCCCGCUCCUUCUUUCGAGACCGCACCACGCUUACGCCGCUCAGUCGGCCGGUUGCGGUCUCCCUGGCAGACCCCUCUGGGGGUCCUGUCCUUGCUCACUUCUCCACUGUCCUCCCGUGUCCGGCGGCCCCCUCUGGCACCCUGUCUGGUCUUUACCUCCCCUCGUUCUCUACGAACUUGGUGAGUGGUGCUGACCUACAGGAUGCGGGGGUUCACCAGUUCACUCCUGCGAGUCAGCGGGUGACCCACUGCACGGACGCUCGGACAGGCCGACACCUGGCCACGUUUACACGUCGGCCGGGGUCGAGCCUGUACACACUGACCACUGCGUCUCCUCCAGUCACUGCGUCUGGUCAGGUAGCUGCGUCGGGUCAGGUGUUUGCUGCAGCGUCCAGGCAUGGCCUCCCGUGUCCUUGUCUCUGGUCUUCCCCGGUCCCUCCCUCCCCUUCCUCCGGGGCCUGGCCCUACCUGCGUCCCCUGUGUCGAGGGGCGGCAGCGGGCUGCCCCUCACUCCUCCCAGUUUCCUCCGACAGAGGCCCCGCUGCAGACGCUUCACAUGGACGUGUGGGGCCCGGCCCGCGUCCGUGGACAGGGUCACGAGCGCUACUUCCUGCUGGUGGUUGA